AUGAACGCGGUACGCCCGGCCCGGGGCGUCCUGUCGAGAUGCGUAUCCGCUUCCUCGAGCAGCACUGCUCCGGCACUGCCCAUCCGCCUAUUCCACAGUUCCGCUAGCCGGUCGACACGGAGAAGAUCGAGGUUCAAGAAUGUUACCGCCGAGAAGAUGGGUCUGACAACCCCCGAAGCGAUCGAUGAGUAUGCGAAGCGGCGGUUCCCCGAGUACACCCCGGAAGAGAAGGAGGCAUUGCGGCAAAAGUACACACCCGAGCAGAUGGAAGCCCUCGAGGCGGCGGAGGACGCCAUUGACCCCAAAGAUCUGGCUGUCCAGGGCCGGUUACGUGUCGAUCCGUACAAACAGAACUACAUUGAGGAUUUUGCGACCAUUCAACCCGUCAUUGAUAUGAAACCUCAGAAGCCGGUGCAGCCACGAGAGGUAGAGUGGCUCCCGAGAAGGGAAUGGGUCGACAACUACGUCGAGAAGAUGGCAGAUCGGGUCGAGGUUCAGCUCAAAGACUCCAUGGGCAAGGCCUAUGCUAGAGCUCUGCGCAAAAUCAAGAAGACGAACCCCGACAAGCUCGACUUUACCGAGGAGGAGCUGAAGGAGCUUGAGUCCAAUCCGGAGCUGCGUAGGAAGUUUUUGGUCGACGAGGACACCGAUAUCCUCGGGAAGAAAUCGUCGAAGAAGACCAGUGAGGCUCUGGACAGUGAAUGGCUGAGCAAGCUUGAUCAGGAAUUCUAUAAGGAGCUUGAGCAGUCGUUCAGCACGGAUGAGAACCCCCUCGAGACGUCCCGCCUGGAUUCAUGGAAGGCCAUGGAGGGUGAGGACGGUGACUCGGCGCUGGCACCCAAACUUGGCAAGGUUGAGGGUGUCAAGGGCCUCUACACCCCUGAGGACGCCGAGGAAGAUGACCUUGAUCCCACGGGAGACUUUGCCAAGAUUAAGGCGGUUACCGGUAUCAAGAUCGCCGACCUCCAGACUCUCAUUACCAAGCCCAUCGUCGUCCGUCAGGUGCACAACCAGACCCGUCUGGGUAAAAUCCGAAGUGUUUCCGUCAUUGUUGUUGCUGGUAAUGGUAACGGCAGACUCGGACUGGGAGAGGCCAAGUCGACGGAUUUCGCCGUUGCCAGGACCACAGCCAGAAUGUUGGCUAUCCGCAACAUGAAGCCGAUCCGGAGGUACGAGAACCGUACCAUCUACGGCCAAGUCGAGAAGAAGAUUUCCGGAACUGUCGUGAGACUUCAGUCUCGUCCUCCAGGUUUCGGACUCCGCGUCUCCCACCGCAUCUUCGAAAUGGCCCGCCUUGCCGGUAUCCACGAUCUGGCCGCCAAGAUCCUCCGAUCCAAGAACCCUUACAACACGGUCAAGGUCGUGUUUGAGUGUCUCACAAACCAGCCCGACCCUGAGCAGAUUGCUAUUGGUCGUGGAAAGAAGCUGGUUGACGCCAGGAAGGUGUACUAUGGCGGCUCUGUAUAUUAA